AAACAAUCGGUGUGCAAACACAAGAGAAAGCGAAAGCAUGAAUACUGCAGGAAUUCCCCUGCUUCUUUUCUUGUGAUAAAAAAAAAUAACUCUGCCAGUAUUAGCCAGUUUCAACAGGAGAGUGUCUCCGAAGAUCUUUACUGAGUGAAGGUGCUGCCAAGAAGGAUCGAGGCCAUGAGCCAUUCCACGAGCAAGCCAAAGUGUCCAGGUUGUAAUCAGGAAGUUAUCAAGAACUCGGAUGGGCAAUGUGUUGCGUGCCAAUUGUGUUCCAAGAAAAAACGUCGCGUGUUUUGCUUCUGCUGGGAUUGUCAGAGAGAGUGGCCACGCACAAUUUCAGCAAAAAGCAUCUGCACACAGCCGAACUGUGCUCUCCGGGCUGCUCUGCUCUCUGACAAACGGAUCAGUGAUAGCAACAGUUCGGCAAAAGGAUGCCCCUAUUUCAGGGCCUGUCCAAAUUGCAAAGCCCUGCUCACACACAACGGAAUAGGCUGCUCCCUAAUUACUUGCCCUAAGUGCUCCACAGAAUUCUGCUUCCGCUGUCUUUGCUCAGAAUGCACUGGCUUUGACUUGAACAUGGUUGAUUUUGAGCUGCAUAGACACGUGUUCAACGACACUCCACAAUGUAAUAUCAUGGAUAACAGCCAGAGUCUGAUGUCACUUCGUUAACAGAAUCAGUCUGUAGGAGAUAAAAUCAAAAAUUUCUACCAUACAAAUCAGUAAAAUUUCACUAUUGAGCUACAGACACAUACAAGCUUCACAGACAAGUUGUUAUAACUCUUUUUAAAGACAGUUUAGGUCAUACUUUGCUUCUAUUUGAUAUAAAAAUUCUUUCACUGAAAGAAACAUGUUUGGAAUAAAUCUGUACCAUGGUGAAUGAAAAUGUAAUAUAUACAUUAAAGAGGA